AUGGAAUCGCCUUUCUUCCGAGUUCAGUGGAGUACAGACCAAUGGUGUCCCCCUACGGUGACUUUCAAAGAUCCUCUCUACGAUGCUAUUUCAGAGCUGGGGAGAGUUCCGCCUACUCCACAUCCGUCUGCACCGAUACCCAUUCAUGACGCCAUAAACAUUCUGGUCGAUAUUCGACGGUUCAAAAUACUUCCAGCACUUCGAAUUGACAAUGUUAUAAACGCAGCGCAAGUGGUUGCAAAGCACUUCACUGACCAAUGGGAAGCAAACUGGAUGUUAAAAUCGCGAAAGACGGAAGUCUAUACAAUGGGCAGUAUGGCACGUCUCUUUUGA